AUGCUCUCAGACGCCACAAUGGAUUCCUGUUUUCGCGCACUUUGCAUGACUUUUGUUCUGGCAUCGUUCACCCGGAGGUCAGGUGCGGUCGGACCGGUUAUCAGAUGCGAGCCAUGUGAUGUUGGAGCGCGGCUUUUAUGCAAACCUUUACCCAAAGACUGCGCCGAGAAAGUCCGCGAACCGGGCUGCGGCUGCUGCAUGACUUGUGCGCUGAGCUUCGGCCAGCCGUGCGGCGUGUACACCGGGAGAUGUGGCUCCGGACUGACUUGUCAGCAUCAGCCCGGUGAGACGAAACCUCUGCAGGCUCUGCUGGAGGGACGGGGGAUCUGUGCAAACGCUACUAAUAAACGACUUACUGCCAGACCAACACCUCCAGUCAAUGAACUGCCAGCAGAUAAUAUUGAGACUCAGGAUGAGGAAAGGAAUUCCACCGGCUCAGGACUUCAGACCUCGUACAGCACCCACAGACCGUUGGGACCCCUGAGACCUCCACUUCACCCCUUCAUCCCUUCUGCCAAGUCAGACGUCCUCAGACGGGAGCAGCAGAAGAGAACCCAGAGGUUUAAAAUGGAGGAGCUCCCGGGACCACUCAUCACAGACCAACAAAACUUCUCUCUGGAGACCAAACAGGAGCCCGAGUAUGGUCCUUGUCGGAGAGAGAUUGAGAGCAUUCUCAGCAGCCUCAAGAUUACAGACAUUCUCAACCCCAGAGGUUUCCGCAUACCAAACUGUGACAAGAAGGGCUUCUAUAAGAAAAAACAGUGCCGUCCAUCCAAAGGCAGAAAGCGAGGCUUCUGUUGGUGUGUGGACAAAUACGGGCAGCCUUUGCCAGGUUUUGAUGGGAAGGAGCGAGGAGACGCCCAGUACUACAACUCCGAGAGCCAAUAG